AUGUUGACGAAUAUCCAGAUAAAAGACAUUGAACCAGGGUUAGAGAUGCAAUUUAACAACGACCAAGCGAUUAAAAUUUUAGGAAUAAAAUGGUGUCCUAAAUUGGAUCAAUUUGAAUUUAAAAUAAAUACCACGUCAUUCAGCUCAAAAUACACAAAAAGAGCAAUUCUAAGUGAUGCUGGAAAACUAUUCGAUCCAUUUGGUUGGUUGUCACCUGUAACCAUUAAAGCAAAAAUUAUGAUACAAAAAUUGUGGAUGCUAGGAAUUAGUUGGGAUACAGAGAUCCCACCCAAUCUACAGGCACAAUGGGAAGAAUUUAAAUUGAGAUUACCUGCAGUUCAGAAAAUAACCAUGAAAAGAUGGACACAACAUUCAGAGAAUAGUUUAAUCGAGUUACAUGGAUUUGCAGAUGCGUCAGAAGCAGGAUAUGCUGCAGUUGUAUAUACAAAGGUUAUCAAUGCAGAAAAGGUUACAAUAUCCCUAGUAGCAUCAAAAACCAAGGUUGCGCCUAUUAAGCAGGUAUCAUUAGCCCGAUUGGAGUUAUGCGCAGCUGUGCUAUUGAUAAAGUUGAUUAAUUACAUUCAGAAGAAUAACAAGAUUACCUAUAGUAAAGUUAUUGCAUGGUCAGAUUCAAAAAUUGUAUUAAAUUGGCUAAGGCAAUACCCAAAUAGAUGGACUACGUUUGUAGCAAACAGAGUAUCGUAUAUUCAGGAUACGUUUAAGGGGCAAUUUAGAUUUGUUCCAGGAAAAGAUAAUCCAGCAGAUAUUCCAUCAAGGGGAGUAUAUGGUGACAAUCUUAUUUCAAAUAUAUUAUGGUGGCAUGGUCCAAAUUGGCUAAUAAAAGAUGAAGGAAAUUGGCCAGAAAAUGAUGAAGUAAUAGAUUUGAAUCUUAUUCCGGAAACCAGAAAAUCUGCAAUAUGUACCGUCGUGGACGUUACCAAAGAUGAAAAUAUUAUUAAUCGAUUUUCUUCAUUAAACAAACUUCUUCGAGUGACAGCUUAUUGUCUUAGAUUCGUUUAUAAUUGUCAUAAAAAAAAAUCCGAAAGAAAGAUCGACAAUCUGUCGGCAGACGAUAUCGAUGCAGCAAAAAUUGUGUUGGUGAAUCAGGCACAAAAAUGUUUUUCAGAUGACAUCAGACAGCUUAAUCUUCAGAAACAAUUAAUGAAAAGUAAUAAGUUGUGUUCAUUAAACCCAUUUGUUGACAGUGCAGGAGUACUAAGAGUGGGCAGCAGAUUAAGAAAUGCAGAUUUAUCUGACAACCAAAAGUAUCCAAUAAUUUUACAUACAUCAAGUACUUUGGCUAAACUCAUAAUCAAUCAGGCGCAUAUUAAUACGAUUCAUGGAAGAUUAAAAUUGACGCUAAACUACGUCCGGCAUAAAUUUUGGAUUAUUCGUGGAACAAUCGCUGUGAAAGCUUGCAUCAAUAAAUGUGUAAAGUGUUUCCCGAUGAAGGCAAAUGGACAAUCUCAAUUAAUGAGAAGUUUACCAACACCAAGAGUAAAUUUCUCAAGGCGAUUUACACACUGCGGCAUAGACUAUGCAGGACCAUUGCACAAUAAAUGCUCUCAAUUCUGGGGAAUUAAAACACAUAAGGCGUAUAUAGCUAUUAUUGUAUGUCUGGCAACAAAGGCAAUUCACAUUGAGUUUACUUCAGAUCUGACAUCUCAAGGAUUUUUAGCAGUACUCAAACGAAUGAUAAGCAGACGUGGCUCAGUACAUCAUAUUUAUAGCGACAAUGGUACCAAUUUUACAGGUGCAAACAACACUUUACAGAAGAUUCAAAUACAGAAUCAUCUAGCUGAAACAGGUAUACGUUGGCAUUUCAUCCCUCCUGGCUCACCUCACUUUGGUGGUCUCUGGGAAUCGGGAGUAAAAUCCAUUAAAUAUCAUCUAGCUAGAAUUAUAGGUGACCAAAAAUUGACAUACGAGGAAUUGAGUAAGAACUAUUUUAUUAGGGAUGAUAGUGGGAGCUCGGACUAG